UACAAACUUUCCACAACUGCCGGGAUAUGAUUAACGUACUGCCCUUGCCAAGCAAUACCAUACAGCCGAUGAGCAUGUGUAUAGAGUCACUAUAGAUGUUGCAAGUGUACUUGUAGAUGUUGCAAGUAUUAAUGUGGCGCACGUCGACAAGAACUACAACAUGAAACCCGGCUCCAGCAUUUUCACUCAUCUUCUUUAUAUAUCUGCAUUAAACUCUUGUUUGCAAGAAAGUUGUUUUUGUGCAAUGCACUUCUCUUGUGUUGAUUGAAGUAAUCUUGAAUUUUUUACGAGGUACGCUACCAUUGAAUCCCGUGUUUACGUAUUCGAUUAAUAUUUCGCUUUUUCAUCUUGUUGCUCUGAUUAAUGAUUUUCUGAGGACAUUAAUUUUGUAUUACACCUGCCAUAUUACUGAUGCUGAUGACCAAAAACACGACCAUCGUGUUGGAAUUCAUUUACAUCGCAUACGGACAUCAUAAUUCAGUUAAACGUUCAUUAAUUUGGAUUGAGAAUUGCCACCACGUUGGGCACUAAAGUGCACAUCCCGGCUAGUACAACCUUUUGUUUAUCGUCAUCGCGCUCAUCGGAUCACUUCUACAGUAAUUACGUGAUCAAAGCUAUAUGAAGAAGCUGACUGGAGAUACAAAAAUCACUGUGAUUUGCCACAAAGAGUACAACCAUAAUAUCAGUACUCGUCCGAAGAUUUCUCCCGAACCAGUUUUUCGGUCGAGGUGUGAAGCAUCCUGUUUAUUAAUGGAUAGAAAUGCCUGUUUUGCAGUGACCGGCAAUUCCGUGGAGUGCCUGCAGCUUGCCGCCUUAAUACUGUUUGCCUCCGCAUAAGUAUUUACAUAAUAUUAUGGAUUUGGAUUCUCUCUACCAGAUCGCCAACGGUUCCGAUGCACCGAACUGGACCGCACUGUGCCACUAUUUUGACGAAAUUUUCAAUGGAAGUGUGCCGGAGAAUUUCUCGUACCGCGCCCAGUGUCGCUGGGAUGACUCGGCGCGACUGGAAAUCGGCACAAACCAGUUCGUGCAGAUUCCCAUGUAUGUCGUUAUCUUCAUUGUCUGCGUCGUGGGCAACACGCUCGUGAUUGUUACCUUGCUGCAAAAUCGCAAAAUGCGCACCGUGACCAACAUCUUCCUCAUUAAUCUUUCCGUCGGAGAUUUACUGUUGGGAGUAUUUUGUAUGCCUUUCACACUAACCGGGCAAUAUUUGAAGCGGUUUAUAUUCGGUGCUGUUUUGUGCAAGAUUGUGCCCUAUUUCCAAGUGGUGUCAGUUGCGGUCAGCACAUUUACUUUGGUGAGUAUCAGCAUCGAGCGCCUCUUCGCCAUCUGCUAUCCUUUGACCUCCAGGCGGUGGCAGACAGUAUCGCAUUCCAUAAAAAUGACAAUCAUUUGCUGGAUACUGGCCUUUAUCGUGGCGUUUCCUGUGAUGUUCUACAGUCGUUACACGUGGUACAGGCAGCUGGAAGGCGUCGAUUACUACUACUGCCGCGAAGUCUUCCCCUCCAUCGACGAAGAAAAAGCCUACAAUCUUUUCUUGCUGGUUGUACUUUUCGGACUGCCGGGAAUAUUUAUGACGAUAGCGUACGCCAAGAUAACAGCCUCGCUUUAUAAAGGAAUAAAAGGCGAAUCACAAAGCUCAUCGAAAGGUUGUUCGCAUGACGCCGGUAAACAGCCAAACGCCAGAGGUUCUAAUUUCGUAGAAUCCUAUGCAUCGAACGGAACACUAGCCAAAUUCAGUAUGAAAUUUGCCCGAAUGCGGGCUAACAGUGCCAGCGAACGUGCAGCAUUGUCGCGGAACGGCAGCACCACUACAUGUUCGGCAAUACAGCGCAGUUCCACCGCCGACGAUCUGGAUAACAUGGACACGCCCAUGGUGACCUCUCCCGGGCAGACGUAUAAUCCCCAAACGCCGUCGCCCGUACACGGAGUGCGCAGUACUCACACCGAGCGCAAUUUAGCGGCAAAAAAGCGCGUAAUCCUCAUGCUGGUUAUUGUCGUGCUGGAAUUCUUCGUCUGUUUCACACCCUUAUGGAUCAUUAAUACGGUUGGCCUGUUCGACCGCGAUUUGAUUAUCAACCGAAUCAGCGAUCUGGGCAUGCUGUAUCUGCAGCUGCUCAUGUACAUCUCCACGUGCUGUAAUCCCAUUACGUACUGCUUCCUCCAUUCCAAAUUCCGGCAGGGUUUCAUUCAGGCUUUUAGGUGCGGCAAACAGCGGCAGGAAAUCAGUGACCUUACGCGCACACGAACAUCGCGCCCGGUCAGCUACAGGAAAAGCGACAACGUCAGGGCCGCGGCGGCUGUAAUCAGCAGCAAUCGAAACGUCCGAAUCUGUUGGAUGUGCCGGUUGUCUUCCGAACACGCUCCGCUUCCGCCUGGUGAACAUUUCAUAAGUACCACCGCAGAUUCCUUGGUUUCUUUCUUUCAUCCGCGCCAGUCCAAACAUGCAAGCAGCAAAUGCGGCAGAUGCCUACUUAUGAUUAUCUGGCAUAUUUUGUGGUCUUCCAUCUGUCACCGUGGUGCCUCCGAUGUAUCCCACGUUGUAUCCGCAACGAAGGAAAUGCCAAGGCGAAUUCAUUUGCUCUUCCGUGGCAUCUGUGUAAUUUGGUCAGCAUCCUCGUGCCUUAAUAACACCGAAGAAAUACAUAAUAAAAAGAGGCAUUUCUCCGCUCAGCAAACAUCCAAUAAUUAACGGAACCAAUCUUCCGGCAGUAAUAAACUUAAUUUUUGUAUGCACGAGUUAUUUUUUGGAGUGCAACUUGCUAUUUUAGUUUCUAGUUAUACAUGUGAGUGAUUACUGAAAUAAUUACAAGACCGGUGUGUCGAUUUUCGCCAUGUAUAGAUAGGAGAGACAUUUGUGUUUUGCUUACUUAAGCAGCUUGCUGGUUUUAGCAGAAUUAUGUUAUUAAAUUUCCUUGUUUAUAAUCUGAAUAAGAAUGA